UAUAGAAGAUUACUUGAAAUUAGCAUUUGAAAAGUAGUUUCCAUUUGCUUCAGUGGCCCUUUAGAGAAUUCAAAGGGCCAUAAUAGAUAUCAUUGAAUACUCUUUCAAUAUCAAGAAUCCAAAUAUAUCCGAUAGAAAUCUCCCAAUGCAGAUCAAAUCAAGCCAAAACUGCUCAUAAUUUUCUGAGAAAGUCCAAAACGUUUCUAUCUCCGUCUGAUCAUUACCCAAUUGUAGGUAUGGCUAGACAGUUCAGUCCCUGUUCUUCUUCCUCAACCCCCAUCUCACCAUCUUCAUUCAAGAAUGAGAGACACCUCUCCAGGAAAGUUUUCACUGUCCCAACUAAAACCUGUUCCUCCACAUGGGUCUCUCAGAUUCGUUCAAGAAUCCAAUCAAGAAAGCAAUUUGAGCUCAAAUCCUCUAAUGGGUAUCCUCUCAAUGCUGUUUCUUCACAAGAUGGUUUAGCUCAAAAGCCUCUGGCCAGAGAACAUGGUAGGCCUCUAAUGAAGGAGGGCUCUAUUCCCUUCACAGAAUCAGGAGAAGCAGAGUCCACUCUCAGCAUAACUGUUGUAGGUGCUUCAGGGGACCUUGCCAAGAAGAAGAUUUUUCCAGCACUUUUUGCUAUUUUCUAUGAAGAUUGUCUACCUGAGAACUUUACAAUUUUUGGUUAUGCUCGGACUAAAAUGAGUGAUGAGGAGCUCAGGAACAUGAUCAGUGAAACCUUAACCUGCAGAAUUGAUAAGAGUGAAAAUUGUGGUGACAAAAUGGAUCAGUUUCUAAAAAGAUGCUUUUACCAUUCGGGUCAAUAUAAUUCGGAGGAGCAUUUUUCAGAAUUGGACAGCAAGCUGAAAGAGAGAGAGGCAGGAAGACUGUCAAAUAGGUUGUUUUACUUAUCAAUACCUCCAAACAUUUUUGUGGAUGUGGUAAGAUGUGCAAGUGUUAAAGCUUCAUCAAAGAAUGGAUGGACGAGGGUCAUCGUUGAAAAGCCAUUUGGUCGUGAUGCAGAAUCAUCUGCAGAGCUGAUCAGAUGUCUAAAACGGUACCUAACCGAGGACCAAAUAUUCAGGAUUGACCAUUACUUGGGCAAGGAGCUUGUUGAGAAUCUAUCAGUUCUUCGUUUCUCAAAUCUUGUUUUUGAGCCUCUAUGGUCCAGGAACUACAUCCGUAAUGUGCAACUUAUAUUUUCUGAAGAUUUUGGUACCGAGGGAAGAGGAGGAUACUUUGAUAGCUAUGGAAUCAUCCGAGAUAUAAUGCAAAAUCAUCUCCUGCAAAUUUUAGCACUAUUUGCGAUGGAAACGCCUGUCAGCUUGGAUGCCGAGGACAUUAGGAAUGAAAAGGUCAAGGUUUUAAGGUCAAUGAGACCACUGCAGCUUGAAGAUGUGAUUGUAGGCCAAUAUAAGGGCCACAGUAAGGGUGGUAAAUCAUAUCCUGGAUACACAGAUGACCCAACCGUGCCCAACGGCAGUCUCACUCCAACAUUUGCAGCUGCAGCACUCUUCAUCAAUAAUGCCCGGUGGGAUGGGGUUCCUUUCCUGAUGAAAGCAGGAAAAGGUCUCCAUACUAAGCGAGGAGAGAUCAGAGUUCAGUUCAGACAUGUCCCAGGUAAUUUGUACAAGCGGACCUUUGGAACUGAUUUGGAUAAGGCUACAAAUGAGCUAGUGCUUCGUGUACAACCAGAUGAAGCCAUAUAUCUGAAGAUCAACAAUAAAGUUCCUGGUCUUGGAAUGAGAAUGGACCGCAGCGACCUCAAUUUACUUUACAGUGCAAGGUAUUCAAGAGAAAUACCAGAUGCAUAUGAGAGGCUUCUGUUGGACGCAAUAGAAGGAGAACGGAGAUUGUUCAUUAGAAGUGAUGAGCUUGACGCUGCUUGGGCUCUAUUCACACCAGUGUUGAAGGAACUAGAAGAGAAGAAGAUUGUGCCAGAGCUCUACCCUUAUGGUAGUAGAGGACCAGUUGGAGCACAUUAUCUUGCUGCGAGCCACAAUGUUCGAUGGGGAGAUACCAGUGAGGAUUAAUGAAUGGUAAAAAUCUCAGUGUCUUGGACUUUAAAUGCUUAUUACAUGCUCUUGUUGUAAAUUUUAGUGGAGUUAGGUUUUAAUUCUUUUCUAUGCAUGUGAUGUAAUGCUGAUAGGAGGCAAUGUUCUCUGACAUGGUGGCGGAUUAGGCUUUGAUGUAUGGUGGGUGUGGCAGGUUUAAAUGAUCAGUGAUUUAUUUCUGGAUUUAAGUUCAGUCUUCAAUGCUGAAUGCAUAACCAAUGUACAAAUCAUUUAAUCAAUAAAUAAAAGGAUUGGGCAAUCUUUGUGGGAACUA